UACGGACUGGGGAGCAAAAGCCUUCGCGGGGAUCGAGAUUGGGCAGGGCAGGCGAGAGCAGGCCUGGACUCUUGGUUUUAUCUAGCCGCAGCGUCUAGCUUUACAUGAUAGAACUAUCAGCUCCAGCUGUGCGAGUACAGUAGUUUAUUGAUGUUGAUAUCCCCGUGGUUUAUGCCGACAAUGAGGCCCGGACCGUCCCGCCCGCAAACGGAGGGUCAACUCGACACCACGACCCUAUAUUAUACACCGAAAAUUUAAACCGUCAAGAAACAUCUAUAGGUUAAAUAUACCACAGAAUUGAAUCUAUAAUUCGGGUUGCUGCGGCUUGUCUCGCCAUGACUCAUGCUGGUGUGGGUCAUGUUGAUUACACAGCAACUGUCAGCAGGACAUUCUUCAAUCUUUUUCUCGUCUCUUAUAUGCAUCUUCUCAGUCCAUUCUGUAUUUCUAGACCACACAAUGUCACCCAAAACCUUCAUCGUCACCGGUGCCUCGAGGGGCAUUGGUCUGGCAGCCUCCAAAUUCCUGCUGACAGCCCCUCAAUCCCACAAUGUGGUCGUGAUCGCCCGUAGCGCUGAGCCCCUCCAGAAACUCAAAGAGCAGUACCCAAAGCAGGUCGAAGUGCUGACUGGCGAUCUCGCCGAUCUAUCCCUCGGCCAGACAGCGGUCGAUCUAGCCCUCCAGUCAUUCGGACGUCUAGAUGGAUUAGUUCUGAACCACGGCGUGCUCGGCCAGGUGGAUAACAUUGCCGUGGCCGAUAUAGAACAGUGGAAGCACGGAUUCGAUGUUAAUUUCUUCAGCCUGGUGGCUUUCGUGAAAGCCGCACUCCCCGCGCUCCGCGAAUCCAAGGGCCGGAUUGUCUUCACUUCAUCCGGAGCCUCUGUCUCAGCAUUCAAGGGAUGGGGUAUGUACGGCUCAAGCAAGGCGGCCAUGAACCACCUCGCUCUGAGUCUCGGGGAGGAAGAGCCCGAGGUGACGUCCUUGGCGAUUGAGCCGGGCUUGGUCGACACGGAGAUGCAGCGCGAGAUUCGUGAGGACCGCGUUACUACUAUGGACCCGCAGUUCCAUUCGUUCUUCACUUCGACUCAUAAAGGUGGGGGUUUACUCAAACCUGAACAGCCUGGUCAUGUUAUUGCGAAGACUGUUAUUGGGGCGGAGAAUUCGUUGAGUGGGAAAUUUUUCUCAUGGAAUGAUAAAGCUCUGGAAGCUUUUCAAUAGACUAUCAAGUCUGUACAUAGGCAAGUAUAUAUCGCUAAGAUGUUAUCAAUAAAACUAGAGGUAGAUCGAGCACCUCCGUCCGUGGAAUGCGUAGGAAAAUUAUAAAUUGAGGGAAACGAUUAACCUCCCUCAUUUGUUUGAGAUUGAGGUCGGCUUAUGCAGUAAAAGCGCGGUGUUGAAUAGCUUGGUAUCAUUUAUACAGUUAUGCUAAUUCUCGCAAUACGCGAUUAGUAUCCAUCUCGAGGUUUCCCUCCCUCAACCUGGCCACUCGCUACUCCAAGCUCGCGCAGCAUACCGCCACCCAAGACACCCACGUCCGUGAUAAUCGAAACCAUAUCGAAGCCCUGUUGAG